AUGUCAGCUGCUGAUGAUGAUGGUUUGUAUGUGAUUCAGUAUCUGGUGUAUUUGAUUCAGUAAAUACUGUAUUCAGUUCAAUACCUACUGCAUUCAAUUCAGUACCUGCUGCAUUUGUUUCAGUACCUACUACAUAUGAUUCGGUACCUACUACAUAUGAUUCAGUACCUACUACAUUUGUUUCAGUACCUACUACAUAUGAUUCAGUACCUACUACAUUUGUUUCAGUACCUUCUACAUAUGAUUCGGUACCUACUACAUAUGAUUCGGUACCUACUACAUAUGAUUCAGUACCUACUACAUAUGAUUCGGUACCUACUACAUAUGAUUCAGUACCUACUACAUUUGUUUCGGUACCUACUACAUAUGAUUCGGUACCUACUACAUAUGAUUCAGUACCUACUACAUACGAUUCAGUACCUACUACAUAUGAUUCGGUACCUACUACAUAUGUUUCAGUACCUACUACAUAUGAUUCAGUACCUACUACAUAUGAUUCAGUACCUACUACAUAUGAUUCAGUACCUACUACAUAUGUUUCAGUACCUACUACAUAUGAUUCAGUACCUACUACAUAUGAUUCAGUACCUACUACAUAUGUUUCAGUACCUACUACAUAUGAUUCAGUACCUACUACAUAUGAUUCAGUACCUACUACAUAUGAUUCAGUACCUACUACAUAUGAUUCAGUACCUACUACAUAUGAUUCAGUACCUACUACAUAUGAUUCAGUACCUAAUACAUAUGAUUCAGUACCUACUACAUAUGAUUCAGUACCUACUACAUAUGAUUCAGUACCUACUACAUAUGAUUCAGUACCUACUACAUAUGUUUCAGUACCUAAUACAUAUGAUUCAGUACCUAAUACAUAUGAUUCAGUACCUACUACAUAUGUUUCAGUACCUAAUACAUAUGAUUCAGUACCUACUACAUAUGAUUCAGUACCUACUACAUAUGAUUCAGUACCUAAUACAUAUGUUUCAGUACCUACUACAUAUGAUUCAGUACCUACUACAUAUGAUUCAGUCCCUACUGCUUGGCCGAUACAAUGCGCACUGA